UCACUUCCUGCUUCCUAUUCAUCGGACAGCCUGUUUUGAGGAUUGUGGCUGCCGAAAUAGGUUGCAUUUCGCUAACAGACAAUAUGGGCUACAAAUGACGAAGUUAAAUACGGGUUCAUGCCAACGGUUCGAACACGUAUGCCAAACAACUCAUUGACAUAAUUUGUGUAAAUGUAAGUCGUUGGGUAAACAGCUGGCAAGACAUCAACGAUGCAGUUCUCUCCCACCAACGGAGAUUUUACCUUCGUCUCAUCGGCUGACGCUGAAGAGCUCAGCGGCACUAUUGAUGCUCCAGAUAUUAAGCUAAAUAUGGGCAAUGAUCAUGGAAAAGACGCUUAUGCCACGACCUUUCUGAGACAGCGAGGGUAUGGCUGGCUCCUGGAAGUCGAAGAGGAAGACUCCGAAGACACUAAACCCCUCCUUGAGGAGCUCGAUAUUGACCUGAAGGACAUAUAUUACAAGAUACGUUGUGUGCUGAUGCCAAUGCCCUCUCUGGGCUUCAACCGACAAGUGGUGCGAGAUAAUCCAGACUUUUGGGGACCUCUUGCUGUUGUGUUACUGUUCUCCAUGAUAUCCAUUUAUGGCCAGUUCAGGGUUGUCUCUUGGAUCAUUACAAUUUGGAUAUUUGGAUCAUUGACCGUUUUUCUACUUGCAAGAGUGCUUGGUGGAGAGGUUUCAUAUGGACAGGUCCUUGGAGUGAUAGGAUACUCAUUGUUGCCACUUAUCGUCAUAGCCCCUUUGCUCUUAGUCAUUGGGGGAUUUGAUAUUGUCUCAACACUAGUAAAGCUUUUUGGAGUAUUCUGGGCCGCUUACAGUGCUGCUUCACUUCUCGUUGGAGAUGAAUUUAAAACGAAGAAGCCUCUUCUCAUCUACCCUAUAUUCCUCCUGUAUAUUUACUUCCUCUCCCUGUAUACUGGUGUCUGAUGAGGCGCUUUAAAUGGACAUUCACAUGUAGCACCAUAAGAAGUGGUGGAGAUGGCCAGAAGAUUGAGUCCUCCAGGCAAAAGGACAUUUUUUUUCUUCUACAUUACUUUUAAAAAAUAACAAGAUCAUGGUUUUUAUUACCCUGUGGACAGAUUUGGAAAUAGGGGCCGAAUUUUUUUUUUGUUGUUGCUAUGGUGUUUAAACUCAUAUGUUUUUUUUUUUUCCACUCAAUAAAGCGCCAUUGCAUUUUA